UUUUCUUGGCUCCUCCUCCCCCAUCCUCUUUAUAUAAAGAGCUUUGCUUCUUUCUUCUUGUACUACUACUACUCUACACAGAAUCAUAAACCGUAGACACAGAAAUGGCCGACAAAAAGGUUUUGACCGUGGACAACAUAAACCCGCACAUCCGCGACAUGGAAUAUGCUGUGCGUGGUCGUCUUGCCAUCCGUGCAGAGGAAAUCCGUGACGAGCUGGCCCAAGGCCGCAAGUUUCCCUUCAAUACCGUGGUCAGCUGCAACAUCGGCAACCCUCAGCAAUUGAACCAAAAGCCCAUCACCUUCUUCCGUCAGGUGGCGUCUCUGUGCGAAAACCCCGACCUCCUCACAGCCGACAAGGAGCCGAUCGUGUCUCAACUGUAUCCCAAGGAUGCCAUUGACAGAGCCCGUCAGAUCCUCAAGGAUAUCGGUGCUGGCAUCGGCGCCUACUCGCACUCGCAGGGCGUCCCUGCUCUCCGCAAGGCUGUAGCUUCGUUCAUUGCCGAGCGUGAUGGCCAUCCUGCCGACCCCAACUCCAUCUACUUGACCCAGGGCGCCUCUGCUGGUGUCCAGAACAUCCUCUCCAUACUGACAGAGAACGAAAAGACCGGCAUUCUCAUCCCCAUCCCUCAGUAUCCACUCUACUCUGCUACGCUCACACUCCUGGGUGCCACGCCUGUGCCUUACUACCUCGACGAAGAUUCUGGCUGGAGCCUGGACGUCGAAGAGAUCCGCAAGACUGUGCACGAAGCUCGCAGCAAGGGCACCGACGUGCGCGCUCUCGUCAUCAUCAACCCUGGCAACCCGACUGGCCAGUGCCUGGACGCGCAAAACAUGCAAGACAUUUUGACCUUUUGCCACACAGAACGUCUGGUCUUGCUUGCUGACGAAGUGUACCAGACCAACAUCUACGAGCCCGAGCAGCGCCCCUUUGUCAGUUUCAAGAAGGCUUUAAAGGAACACCCGGAGCGUGACGCGAUCGAGCUUGUCUCGUUCCACUCCAUCUCCAAAGGCAUGAUUGGCGAGUGUGGCCGUCGUGGCGGCUACUUUGAAUGCUGCAACUUGGACAGUGGUGUCAUGGCGCAACUGUACAAGAUGGCCUCGGUCUCACUGUGUCCCAACGUCAGUGGCCAGAUCAUGACCGCGCUGAUGGUGACCCCACCCAAGCAAGGCGAGCCUUCCUAUGCACUGUACCAGAACGAAAUGACCGGUCUCUACGAAUCCCUGCGUCGCCGCUCUAAAAAGCUCGAGGCGGUGUUCAAUGACAUGGAGGGUGUAACCUGCCAGCCUGCCAUGGGUUCCAUGUACCUGUUCCCCCGCAUCCGAUUGCCCCCCAAGGCUAUCGCCAAGGCUGCAGAAUUGAAGGUGUUGCCCGAUGCCUUUUAUGCCGAUCAAAUGCUCGAGGCUACUGGCGUUUGCGUUGUUCCAGGCUCGGGUUUUGCACAAAAGGAAGGCACAUGGCAUUUCCGAAGCACCUUCUUGCCACCUGAGGAACUCUUUGACGACUUUUGCGGCAACUUGAGAAAGUUCCAUGCUGAUUUCAUGGCCACCUACAACUAAAAAAGAAAAAAAAAGACAAACGACCAGCAUCCAUCAACAAACCACACCCAUCAUCAUCAUCUAACAAUCGCCCCCAUCCCCAAAGAAACAAAAACCACCGUGUAUAUUGUAUAGUAUAUAUUUUUGAAAGAAACCAGCAACAACAGCACGCACACA